UUCAGACCGCUUUAAGUGCCCUGGCUCAGUGCUAGGGAAUCCUGGGAAUUGUAGUUUAUUCUGGUGCCUGGCCAAACUGCAAAGCCCAGGAUUUCUAAAGCAUGUUUUAUAUUGUGUCUAUUUUAUGUGGUUUUAUACUGACUACAUUUUUAUGUGAUUUUUCUAUUUCAUAUCAUGUCUAUUUUGAAUGAUUUCUAUAUACAUUUUAAUGGUUUGAAUUCUGUAAUAGUUUUAAAGGUUUCUCUGGGGAGGAAAACAAUAAAAUAAACAAAUAAAAAGUAAAUAAAAAUACUGUGUAAUAAUAUAAAUAAAAACAAUAAAAAUAACAAGAACAAAUAAAAUAAUAAAACAAAUAAUAAUAAUGAAAUAAAUAUAACAUGAUCAAAUAAUAUGAAGCCAAUGCUCGUGGGCCGUUGCCGGUCUCCAUGGCAACGCAGCCCAGCGGCGGCCAUCUUGUUAGCCGGGUAACCAUAGCAACCCGCCAGGCCCCUCAGCGCCGCCGCCGCCGCCAUCUUGUUUGCCUGGGUCUCCGGGGCGACGGCGCGGCCUUCUCUCUCUCGGUCUCCGUCCAGCAGUAGCUUCCUCGGGGCCGCCAUGGCGGCAGCGCCCCCGCCGUCGUCGGGGCGAGAGGAGCUGGAGCUGACGGGGGAGGAAGCGGAGCGUCUGGCGCGGGCCUUCCAGGACGAGGGCUUUCGGCAGCUGUUCGCGGAGUACGCGGCGGAGCUGGCCGACCCCUCGCAGCGGGCCUUGUACGAGGCGGAGGUGGCGGCGCUGGAGCGCGAGCGCGGCGUGGAGGCCCGCUUCUUGCACCCGACGCCCGGCUGGGUGCUGCGGACCAGCCAGGAGGGCUCCCGCCGCUGCUACCUCAACCUCUGCAGCCACGCCGCCGUCGGAAGGCCCCAGGCCCGCCCCGCGCCCGGAGGCAGCGCCUGGCGGCUCCCGCACUGCCUCGGCCCCGGCCGGGAGGAGCUCGGACGCCGUCGCCGGGGCCCUGGCCAAGGGCCGCCCCGGCGCCACUGGGUCUACGACGUGCUCUUCCACCCGGAGGCCCUGCGCCUGGCCGCCCGCUCGCCCCGCUUCCGGCGCCUGCUGGAGGCCACCGCCCUGGAGGCCGUCGAGAAGCACUUCGCCCCGGGCCUCGACCGCGCCAACGCCGCCACGCUCCGCGGCGUCAAGUACAAGGGCGUCCCGCAGGCCUCGCUGCUCCGGAGCCCGCUCCCCGGAGGGCCUCCCUCGGAGCCCGGGCCGCCCUCGCCCCUGCCGCCCUUCCCCUCGCCCUACGCCUACCCGCCCCCGGCGCCAGAGCUCCAGGCCCAGCCGAGCCCGCCCUCGCCGCCCCCCGACGCCGCUAGGCCCCGCUGGAGCCUCCUGCAGCGCUCCUUCGUCGACCUCCAGGACUACCGCCACAGCCGAGACUCGGCGCCCAGCCCCAUCCCCCGGGAGCUGGAGGUCUCCGUGGAGCUGCCCUUGCUCCGCUCCGCCGCCGCGGCCCAGCUGGAGGUGGUCGGCAGGGAGCUCCGGCUCGACUCGCCGCCGCCGGCCGCCUACCGCCUCCGGCUGCCUCUGCCUUACGCCGUGGACGAGGCCCGCGCCAAGGCCGCCUUCGACAAGGCCAAGCGGCGCCUGGUGGUCACGCUCCCCGUCCUCCGCAGCCAGGCCUCCCCUCGGCAGGAACAGGAAGAAGGGGAGGGAGGAGAAGGAGAAGCCGCCGCCUCCUCCGGGGCCCAAGGGCCGCCUCCUCCCGGCCCCCACGCGGCCCAGGCCUCCUCGAGCCCCGCCGCCAAGGGCCCCCAUCUCCCGGCGAAGCCUGGCCCCGAUCCUGCCGCUGGAUUCGCCCCCAAGAGGAGCCCCCCAGAGACUGCAACGCCCAUCAUCCUCGACCUGCCAGUAAGGCAGGAAGAGGCCGGGUCACUUGCCCUCCUGCCUUCCUCCUCGGCUGGGAGUCUGCCAGAGCAGCCCGGGAGCCCCGCCGGGAGCAGCAUCCCUCCUGAAGGCCAGCCCCGUCCUUCCAAGGCUGACGGGGACCAUCAUCAUUAUCAGAGCCACCACGUCGCCCCACUGCUGUCUCCGCCAGCUGCCCAUCUCUCCUCCAGUGCCAUCUCCCAGCCUCCCGGGAGCCCCAGGGCAAGCAGUGACCAUCCCAGCCUAAGUCAAGGCAUGGAGCUCUCCACAGACGCACACAGCCCCAUGCCACCUGCCUUGGCUCCCCAGAGUGGGGCCUCUGCCUCUGAGCCGCCUCUGCCCUCUUCACCAGGCCUAGAUCUUCCUCCAGUUCCAACCUGCGACAAGGACAUGGAUCCAGUGGUUCCAGACAUGGCUGCUGCUGAAUUCACCCAGAAGAGGAGUCCUCCAGCGACUGCAACAUCCACCAUCCCCGACUUGCCAGUGGGGCAGGAGAAGGAGGAGGAGGCCUUGCCCCUGCCGCUGCCUCCCUCCCUGUCUGCUGGUAAGACUUUGGAGCAGCCUGGCACCUCUGCCAGGAGCAGCAGCCCUCCUGAAGGCCAUCCCCAUCCUUCCAAAACUGACAGGGAUCAUCAUCAGAGCCGCAACAUGGCCCCACUGCUGUCUCCGCCAGGUGCCCAUCUCUCCUCCAAGCCUUCUGAGAGCCCCAUGGCAAGCGGUGACUGCUCCAGUUUAAGUCAAAGUACAGAGCUCUCCACAAAUGCAUGCAGCCCUGUGCCGCCUCUGUGCUCACUGUCACAGGUGGAUGUUGUUGCACCUGCUUUGUGUCCCAGGAGUGGGACCUGCGCCUCCACUUCUCCUCUGCCCUCCUCAGCAGGCCCAGAUGCUCCUCCGACUCCAUUCCCUGGCCCUGACUCUUCAGGGUCCCCUGCCAGCCCAGCUCUGCUCCUGUGCCCUCCUUUUCAUUGCACACAGGAUGAGAAGGGGCUGACCCUCCUCUUGCAGGUGCCAGGCGUGGUUCCCCAGAGCCUCAAGGAGGAAGUGGACACCAAUCAAUAUAGGGUUAGUUUCCACAACAAAGACUCGGCCUCCUUCACCAUCCUCUUGCGGUUCCUUCCUGAAAAUAAAUUGGCUCCUCCAGAGAGCAAAGUCAGUGUGUCUCCCAACAACGUCAUCGUCAUCCUGGCUAAGUCUCCGGAGGCCAUCGGACUUUGGACCAAACUGUACUUUGGCCCAAAUGUUGAUACAUUGCAGGAAAGGUGGUUUGUCACCGAAAGCAAUGUGGACAAGUUCCUGAGCAGCCUGCCAUCUACUUCCUGCUCCGGCCAGUUUGAUAUGAAAGAGCAGCCAUUAAUUGAAGUGCUGGAUAUCUCUGAGGGCAAAAGUCAGAUCAGAUUAAAGCAGGCACAGAAACCUGACAAAACCGAACCAGGGAGAGGGAAUGGUAAACAAAGCAACGGCAGCAAACUUUCAACUGACGCAGAGGACUGCCUCGUACAAUCGGAGAGAGUUUUGGGUUCACUCACAGCUGUGGAAACAAUGGGGCAAGUUGGCAAGGGACCCAGCCAUUGUUUGGCACUUGACCUCCAUGAUCCCAGCUCAGCAAUUCCUCAGAAAUCACAGAGACAUGAUUUCCAUGAGUCAGAACUUGCUUCCUCAACAAGCAACAGAGCCACGUCCACAACAUCAGCCCAGCUCAGUUUGGAGCAGCCUGCCCAGACAGGAGAGGAAGGAGAAAUAUGUUCAAAGGCAACAGAAAACAAACAAGGGAGGGAAGGCAGCCCAGCAGCCCCUGUGAUUAUGGAGACCAACAUGCAAGAUGGAAGCGUACAGUAUAUUAGCGAUCACACCACACACUGUGCUCUUACCUUUCAGAAUGCUUUCUUGUACGAACUGGAUUGAUAGCCCUUUGUUAAGCCUUGAACAGGGGCCCAGCAGGUACAAAAACCUCAAGCACAGAUCCUGUCUUUACUUUGAAAAGCCCUGGAAAAAGGAAGGUUAGGCAGAAACCCAACCUCAGAUCUUCCAUUCACUUGAAAUAUUUACUUUUGGAAAGUCAAAGAUGCCCAACUGCUUGCUGAAUUUCAAAAAGAAAUGGGUCAACUCCUUCAAGUCAGGCAGCUCUGUUUUGUGCUGAAUUGGGUUUAGCUGGGCCACAAGGCACACCCACGCAUGGGCCAUGUUGAGACAAUCUUCUCUCAGCCAGUUAGGCUGAGGGGUGGACUGUGCCUUCUUUCCAUGCAUGCAGAGCCUUCAUUUGUGCCAUGAUAAAUGAGGGAGUCUAAUUAAUGUUCAAGUGUCUUAAUUAAAUAUUGCACAGAAACUGGUCUCUCACACGAAGCCUGUUUACAUUUGUAAGGCUUGUGUGGGUGAUCUGUUGUGAUGCCUUCCCUCCCGCUUUCCCUCCACCUCUGCUACUGCUCUUCAACUGAAUGACAAACAGCAGCCGGCUGUUUUGACUAAAUGCCCCUCUCCAAAGUUUCAGCACAUUUCAUGGACACUGUCAGGACAGUUCUUGGAUGUGAGUUGGAUCGCCAAAAAGGUGUUGCUCAACUCUAAUUCCCAUCAAUUUUUCCCACUGGUUGUGUUCAGUGGGGUUCAUUGCAAGUGCAGUCCAGCAACAUCUGGAUGGCCAAAAAACCCCACCUCAUGACCCCUUUGUAUGUUACCAGCCCACAGAUAUAACAUUGUACCAGUACCAAAACAUAUUGACCAGUUUAUUUCCAUAGCACCUGCCCAGACUAGCCCAUCUCACCUUAUGCACAUUGAAUUUUUGCCUGGUCCUUCAAGGGCUUGAUGUACAUCACUGAAAUGUCGGCAAACACCUCCACUGGGAAAACUAGUCUCAUGGGAAUUCUGGCUCUCUGAAAUUACUGGGAUCUCCAUGUAACCUGUUUUGGGUGGGCUGACAUGCCAAAUACAGAUUGCAGUUACAUCUACAUCUCCUGCUUUCAGCAGAACUGAUUUCAGAGCAAGCAUGAGUUCAAAUGCUGACCCUGUAUCCAACCCCACCAUCACUUCCAUCUCAGUCAUAUCAGGCCCAGUGCAGAACAGCUGGAUGGAGCUACUCCUGUCAGGAAUCAUAGCAAACCUCCAUGUCCAGAAUAACCAUCCACACUGUAGGAUCAGCCAUACUCUGGAAGUAUUAAGGCGAGUAGAACAAGUUGAAAGGAUUUGCUGCCUUACUCUGAAUGUGCACCACUCAAAAUUAAAGCUUAUUUUCAAACCA